AUGCCUCUGUUUGGUCCCAGAACCAAAAGUCCUCAGGAGCUGGUGCGAUCUCUGAAGGAAAACUUGCUGCAGCUGUCCACUUUAAAGGAGAAAGAAUACAAGAAGGUCAGCGAGGAAGUGUCCAAGACCCUUCAGUCCAUAAAAACGCUGCUGUAUGGAACAGCUGACCAGGAACCUGUGAGUGAGCAAGUUGCCAUGUUGUCCACGGAGAUGUACCAGAACAACACGCUACAACUGCUGGUUCAAAACCUGGCCCGGGUAGAUUUUGAGGGCAGAAAGGAUGUUGUGGCGAUCUUCAACAAUCUGCUGAGACGCCAGAUUGGCACUCGGAUGCCAACAGAGGAGUAUAUAUGUUCCAACCCAGGACUCUUGAUUGAUCUUGUAAAGGGGUAUGAGAAUCAAGAGAUAGCCCUGAAUUGUGGCAUGAUGCUCCGCGAAUGCUGCCGCUCUGAGGCCCUGGCCAAGAUCUUGCUGAAUUCUCCAGAGUUCUACAAGUUUUUCGAGUACGUUGAGGUGUCCACCUUUGAUAUUGCAUCAGAUGCUUUUUCCACCUUCAAGGAACUGUUGACGAAACACAAAAUGCUUUCCUCUGAGUUUCUGGAGCACAAUUACGAUGAGGUGUUUUCACAUUAUCAAUCGCUCCUGAACUCAGAAAAUUAUGUCACUCGCAGACAAGCCCUAAAGUUGUUGGGAGAGUUGCUUUUGGACCGCCACAACUUCAGCACCAUGAACCGCUACAUCAGUAACCCAGAGAACCUAAAGCUGAUGAUGAAUUUGCUGAGAGAAAAAUCUAGAAACAUUCAGUUUGAGGCCUUUCAUGUUUUCAAGAUUUUUGUGGCCAACCCUAACAAACCACGACCAAUCUUGGACAUUCUGCUGCGAAACAAAGAAAAGCUCGUAGACUUCCUGACCCGCUUCCACACGGAGAGGUCCGAGGACGAGCAGUUUAACGAUGAGAAGAGCUACCUCAUCAAGCAGAUCAAGGAACUGCGGGCUCCGGAAGAUGGGGACUCUUAG